CCUAUAUUUAAUCAAAUAUUUUUAGGCUUCCAUAGUUGAGUAUGUGAGUGGUUCUCAAACUUGUUUUUGUCAUUUCCCAUUCUGAACAAUAGGGGAUUUCCUAGCCCCAUCUGACCCCAUUGUCCCAACAAAGAUCUUGAGAAAUUACAUUUCAAAUUUAUUGAGCUAACACCAAGUAAGGUCAAGGCUAAAGUAAAUAAAUGUUCUAGUAACUCUUGUGUUUUUAUAGCUGUAAAUGUGACAAAUCUGACUUCAGUGUCGUGUUGCGUAUCUGUUCCUUGCCAACUGCGUCGGUGUUUUUUCAGGUUUACCUCAUUCCAAAUGUGCUCAUUCAAGCAUUAGAAAUGACGACAGAGCACAUUCCAGUCUGCUCUCUAUCCCGCAGCAUCCUGGAGAAGAGAGAGCAGCUACAUCACUGCCUCCUCCUCCUCCUCCUCCUCCCCCUCCCCAUCCUCCCGCUCUCAGUCUUGGUCGCCAUCCAUCCUCUCUCUCCUCCUGUACCAUAACAGAUGGUGAGAUCAACAUUGCAUCCACCGGGCACCACAACAAUAGGGUACAUCAUCCAGACCAGACAACGCUGGCCUUUCAUCGUUAUGCUCCCAGCGCAGGACUGCGCCCGGCUCUGAUCGCCGUCGUGAUUUAUUUCACGCGGUUCCACCACCACGGCCACGGAGGAACCUUCUGGCGUCUGUUUGGGCUCUCCAUCGUGAGGGGAAGAUGGCCGCUAUGAAAAUGUUAACCAGUGCUGGGCUCUUCUUGGCGAUGUGUGCACUGGCGCUUCUCGCCAUGGCGAUCUGCACCGACUAUUGGUACGAAACCGAUGCGAGGAGGCACCGGGAAAGGUGUAAGAACUAUGUGAACAAGAGGACCGACCCGGGUUACAUCUACAUUUCGAACCCUAACCUCCCCCUCCAGAUGCCUCCGAAGAGCCUGGAGAGAAAAGGUAUCGGCCCAGAUGCUGGCAUUCUCAUUAGGGGGAAGAGACAUUUCGUGGCCGCAGCAUCUGCCAUGGAGUCUCACUGCAGUCGGCAGUUUAACUCCACCAUCUCCGGCCUGUGGAGGAAGUGUCACCGGGAAGGAUUCGACCUGGAGACGGAGGACCUGAUUUACAAAGGAAUAAUUCAAAGGUGUACUCCUGUCAAAUACCACUACUCUUCGUCCAUCCUACCGCGGAAUUUACCUAUCAACAUCACAAAGACCAUACGACAGGAUGAGUGGCAUGCACUUCAUUUAAGAAGGAUGACGGCAGGCUUCGUGGGCAUGGCUGUCUCCAUCAUUCUCUUUGGCUGGAUCGUUGGAGUGUUGGGCUGCUGCCAGCAGCAUGACCUCAUGCAAUAUGUAGCUGGGCUACUCUUUCUCAUGGGAGGGACGUGCUGCAUCAUCUCCCUCUGCACAUGUGUAGCAGGAAUUAACUUUGAGUUGUCCCGCUACCCCCGCUACAUGUACGGCCUCCCCGAGGACAUUAGCCAUGGCUAUGGCUGGUCCAUGUUUUGUGCCUGGGGGGGACUGGGACUCACACUGCUGGCUGGCUUCCUCUGCACCCUGGCUCCAUCGCUGAGCACUCCCGUGCGCACGACAACCCACAAACCGCGGCAGGAGAAUGGAACGGUGUGACAGGACUGACCGGCCGACACAGAAACCCAUUCCCUUCUAGUUUUGAUGUGCAACUCUGAUGAAACAGUGUUUGAUCACCGUGUCACACCACCAUCAACAUCACCAUCAGUCUUUUCAAUGUGCCUGCUUCGUGACAGGCGGAGAAAAAAAAAAAAAAAAACAGGAAUGACAGACAUCACACUCCAGUUCGAACAACCUCCAGAGGCCGACAAAGGAACAGCACAGCAGGAGUGACAUCUACACGGUUCCAGACUUUUGACACGCUGACUCUGUGGUGAUCUGAAGGAGACUGUUUCAAUGUCUCGAUGAAGGGAUUUGGUCAUUAAAUGGUGCUGUAUUAAAUGAUAAUAGCCACACACACAAUUUACACACACACACACGCGCACACAAAAACACACAAGCACAUAGACCCAAACACACAAACAUAUCAGCCCACUUACUGAAGAGAAAUCCUACAAAAGGAACAUUCCCACAAACAUCAGGCUACCGUCAGUAUUCCUCUUUCAGUUUAGUGACGUGCUGUGUUGUUGUUUGUAUUUAAAAAAAA